AUGGCCGACGAGUCCGUCAUGUGCCCCAAGGCGCACGGAACCACCGAGACCCCGGUGCAGCAGAACCUCCGAUGGAACUGCGAGUGGAAGACCGCGGACAAGAUCUGCUCCUUCAACCGACACUACGCCGAAUACGCCGGGUAUUGGGAGUCCACCAGCUUCCUCGACGAGGUCGACAGGGAGGGUGAGACCACCUAUUACGACUCGGUCAGCGGUAAGCCCCUCUUCAUCGCGCCCCGCGGGCGGAGCUUCGAUGACUUCGUGAAAGAGUCCAAGUCGCACGGCUGGCCGAGCUUCAGGGACGAGGAGGUCGUCUGGGAGAACGUGCGAUGCCUCAAGGACGGCGAGGCCAUCUCGCUGGCGGGCACCCACCUGGGGCACAACCUUCCCGACAAGAAGGGGAACCGGUACUGCAUCAACCUCGUGUCCGUCGCGGGCCGACCGAUGUGA